CUCUGACUGUGUGCAAAAAUAAAACACCUUUCGGUGCGAUCCCAUCCGGCAAGGCACGAAUCUAGUGCUGCUUUUCCACUGGCUCCGAAUUUUCCAGUUGAAGAGCGUAAACCCGUCGACAGGCCGUCAUUAUGUCAGGUAUGGCAGCUCGUAUCAAGAAGCUGAGGGAACAAGCGGCGGGCAUCGGCUCCUAUGGGCAGCCCGUGAAAUUCCUCAAUCAGGAUUACGAAGCACUCCGGCAACAGUGCUUGGAAACUGGAAGCCUCUUCUGUGACGAGAGCUUCCCUGCCUGUCCUUCAUCCUUGGGCUUCAAUGAACUGGGACCAGCUUCAUACAAAACCAGAGACGUCGAGUGGAAACGCCCCAAGGAUCUGUGCGGGGACCCCAAGUUUAUUAUUGGAGAAGCUUCACGCACGGACAUCUGCCAGGGGGCACUGGGUGACUGCUGGCUCUUGGCUGCCAUUGCAUCGCUGACCCUGAAUAAUGAGGUUCUGUCCAGGGUUGUCCCCAGUGGGCAAGACUUUGACUCUGAUUAUGCAGGAAUCUUCCAUUUCCAGUUCUGGCAGUACGGAGAGUGGGUGGAUGUGGUGAUUGAUGACAGGUUGCCCACAAAGGAUGAUCAGCUGAUGUUUGUGCACUCGGCAUCUGGAAACGAGUUCUGGAGUGCUCUGUUGGAGAAAGCCUAUUCAAAGUUAAAUGGAUCAUAUGAAGCACUAUCGGGAGGAUCCACCACUGAAGGAUUUGAAGAUUUUACAGGAGGAAUUUCGGAGUGGUACGAUUUGGAUAAAGCACCAAACAACCUCUUUAAGAUCAUCCAGAAGGCAUUAAGAAGUGGCUCACUGCUCGGCUGUUCUAUUAACAUCACCAGUUCAGCAGAGACUGAGGCAAUUACUUCACAGAAGUUGGUCAAAGGUCAUGCUUACUCUGUUACUGGAGCAGAAAUAGUGAAUUAUCAAGGUAAUGAGGAGAAACUGAUCCGGAUCAGGAACCCUUGGGGUCAAGUGGAAUGGACUGGAAGCUGGUGUGACAAUGGAGCUGAGUGGGAUUGCAUCCCUAAUGAAGAACGAGAGAAGCUGUGUAACAAAUCAGACGAUGGAGAAUUUUGGAUGUCAUUUAACGAAUUUCUCCAAAACUUCUCCCGAGUGGAAAUCUGCAACCUCACUCCUGACACUCUUAGCAGUGAGGAAGUUAACAAGUGGAGCAUGAUGAUAUAUAAUGGGAGCUGGAGGAGUGGAUCUACUGCAGGGGGAUGUCGAAACUACCCAAGAACGUUUUGGACAAAUCCUCAAUUUAAGAUCCAGUUGGAUGAAGCAGAUGAUGAUCCUACUGAUGACGAUGAUAAAUGUAGCUUUCUGGCUGGUGUGAUUCAAAAGAAUCGUAGAAGGCGAAGGAAAAUGGGCGAGGACAUGCAUACCAUAGGUUUCGCUAUCUAUGAGGUCCCUGAUGAGUAUAAAGACCAAACUAAUAUUCAGCUGAAGAGAGAUUUUUUCAUGACGCACGCAGCCAGUGCAAGAUCAGAAACCUUCAUCAAUCUGCGGGAGGUCAUGAGCCGGCUUGCUCUUGAACCUGGGCAGUAUUUCAUUAUACCAUCCACUUUCGAGCCACGUAAAAAUGGAGACUUUGCAAUUCGGAUCUUUUCAGAGAAACAAGCUGAAGUACUAGUGAUGGAUAGUGAAGUUGAUGCAAAACUGGAAGAUGAGGAGGUCGAUGAAGAAGACAUUAGCUCCAAUUUCGAGAAUUUGUUUGAUUACUUAGCAGGGCAGGAUGCAGAGAUUUCUGCCUUUGAGCUGCAGAGGAUACUGAACAAAAUUGUAUCUAACCGUAAUGACAUUCAAACUGAUGGUUUUAGUUUGGAAACCUGUCGAAAUAUAAUCAGUCUAUUUGAUAAGGAUCGAUCUGGAAAAAUUGGACUAGUGGAAUUCAAGGUAUUUUGGAACAAAUUACAGAAGUUACUGAACAUCUUCAAGAAGAUGGAUGCUGAUAAUUCUGGUACCAUGAGUUCACAUGAAAUGCGAGUGGCACUUGAAGCAGCAGGUUUCACUCUGAACAGUGCGUUGUUUCAGAUCCUUGCUGCCCGUUACGCAGAUGCUAACCUUCUCAUUGAUUUUGAUAACUUUGUUGGCUCUUUGAUCCGUCUGGAAACCAUGUUCAGAAUAUUCAAACAAUUAGAUCAGGAUGGUGAGGGAUAUGCAGAGCUGGAUCUAUUUCAGUGGUUGAAUUUGAUGCUAAACUGAAGUGAUGCUCAGCUGCAAGAAGCCAGACCUUGGUCAAUCAACAGAUGCUUUCCCCAAACAUCUUUCAUGCUAUAAAGGAAAAAUGGGAACUAAUUUAGCUUGUUAGGUAUCAUGAAUGCAUAUGGAGUGAGGGAAUAGGUUUGUUUGUUUUCCUUUAGUGUAUUGCUGUCCUGUGCUUUGAUGAAUAAUUUGGGUGGUUAAAUAACUACCAAUCAGAACUUCUGUUCCUAAAAGAUAUUUUAAUCUAUAUAUAGUGCACUGGUUUGCAUUGCUAAGUCCCCAUUUUUUAUUAAAAUUGUGUCUUUUAAAACCGUCCAUGUCCAGAUAGAGAAUCAGGAUUGUGAUUUGAGAUGACAUGUCAUAUUUUAAAAUGAAAAUAUAAUAUUCAAACUAGUGAGCUUUAAAUGAGAAUUGUUUGAUUUCUGUUCUGUGGCUAAAAUUAGUAGAUGUAAUGUUGCUCAAAGAAUGGUGCCUAAAACUGUUUAAUUUCUCAGUUAAAUAGUACAUUUAUUUUAUAUAAUUGACAAGGAUGCUGGAUGGUUUUGGUUGCUUAAUACGUAUCUGGAAAUUAAACAAUGUGGGUAACUUU